UGUCUUUUAUUGCAACUGCGUUUAUUAGUGCCUUUUCUUUCUUCCUUUUUGCUGUUACAUAGCUUUUAAUGUUUAGACUCUGCCCUGCCUAUUGAGUGGUGGGUGAGGCGUUAUUGUUGGGUUUAAGACCUAUGGAGGCUUCUUCGGCUUCAUCUUCAUCUUCAUCUUCAACGGGUUUCAUGGAAAAUGUGGAGCAAGCCCAUGUUUUGGCUGUUGACGACAGUAUCAUUGAUCGCAAACUAAUCGAAAAGCUACUCAAAAAUCUGUCCUGCAAAGUGACUACUGCAGAAAAUGGGCUAAGGGCAUUGGAGUUUUUGGGCUUGGGAGAUCAUCAAAACAGUAGCUUAGAGGGCAAUAUCUCAAAGGUAAAUCUGGUAAUUACAGAUUAUUGUAUGCCAGGGAUGACAGGCUAUGAACUACUCAAGAAAAUCAAGGAAUCAUCACUCAUGAAGGAGGUUCCAGUGGUGAUUAUGUCAUCUGAAUACGUACCGAAUCGUAUUAACAAGUGCUUAGAGGAGGGAGCUCAGAUGUUCAUGCUAAAGCCUCUCAGACAGUCGGACAUAAAGAAAUUGAGAUGUCAUUUGAUGAAAUUGGAAAGAACCUGAGAAGAAAAAAAGUUUAUAAUAUCCCUCAUGACAUAGAACUUAGAACUCUCCUUCAACUGCUAAUUUGUAACAUCUGGUUUUGUUUUGCUCAGAACUUGUUAUCUCCACCUUUGCAUUAUUGUAUGAGGCACAGAGAUACUUUGAAGUAACAUUCAUUUUGUUUGAGAA